AUGGCCCCCAGGUCUAGCAAGGCUGCCUCUGAGGAGCAGCAUGGCUACGAGUUCUUUGGACCUCCCGGCGCAUUCGCCAUCUCCUUCCUCCUCCCCGUCCUCGUAUACGUCUUCAACUUUGUCUGCAACGACAUCUCGGGUUGCCCCGCGCCGUCUCUGCUGAGUCCCAAGACCCUCUCGCUCGACAAGCUCAAACAGGAGGUUGGAUGGCCACAGGAUGGCUUCGCUGGACUUGUUAGCUGGGAGGCUUCUGCUGCUACGGCUGGCUACAUCCUGCUGUCUUUGAUCCUAUACCGCGUGCUUCCCGCUCAUGAGGUGGAGGGCACUGAGCUGCGCUCUGGGGGUCGUCUCAAGUAUAGACUCAACACUCUGUACAGCAGCUCGUUCACCCUUGCUAUUCUCGCCGCCGGAACCGCAGCCCAGGGCGCCGAGUUCCCCGUCUGGACGUUCAUCUCGGACAACUUCAUCCAGAUCCUGACCGCCAACACCAUCUUCUCGUACGCCGUGGCCACCUUUGUCUACGUCCGGAGCUUCAGCGUCAAGCCGGGAAACAAGGAGAACCGCGAGCUCGCCGCGGGAGGGCACACGGGCAACAUGCUGUACGACUGGUUCAUUGGCCGCGAGCUGAACCCCCGGGUUGUCAUCCCCCUGAUUGGCGAGGUCGACCUCAAGGAGUGGCUGGAGCUCCGACCUGGCAUGAUGGGUUGGAUCAUCUUCAACUGCUCCUGGUGUGCGCAGCAGUACCGCAACUACGGCUACGUUACCGACAGCUCCAUCUGCAUCACUCUGGUCCAGGCCGUCUACGUCUUUGACUCUUGGUGGAACGAGCCAGCCAUCCUGACCACCAUGGACAUCACAACUGACGGUUUCGGAAUGAUGCUUGCCUUUGGUGACAUUGUCUGGGUGCCCUUCGUCUACUCCCUGCAGACCCGGUACCUGGCUGUGCACCCUGUCUCACUCGGCCCUGUUGGUCUUGCCGUGAUGCUGUCCCUCAUUGGUCUUGGCUUCUACAUCUUCCGCUCUGCCAACAGCGAGAAGAACAACUUCCGAACCAACCCCAACGAUCCCAAGGUGUCUCAGCUCAAGUACAUCCAGACCAAGAAGGGUAGCAAGCUUCUCAUUUCUGGCUGGUGGGGAGUUGCCCGACACAUCAACUACCUCGGCGACUGGAUCCAGUCUUGGCCCUACUGCCUGCCCACUGGUCUCGCCGGCUACCAGAUCCUGAGCGCCGGUGCCCAAGCCGAGGGGGCGUUCGUGAUGCGGGAUGGCCGAGAGGUUGUCCAGGGGGAGGCCAAGGGAUGGGGCAUGCUCAUCACCUACUUUUACAUCCUGUACUUUGCCAUCCUCCUCAUCCACCGCGAGCGCCGUGACGACGACAAGUGUCACCGCAAGUACGGCGAGGACUGGGAAAAGUACCGCAAGAUUGUCCGCUACCGGAUCAUCCCCGGAAUCUACUGA